GCCUCGAUUGCUAGCGUUUUUCACUUAUGCACUAAAGAUAUAAUUAUAUCUAUACUUAAAUACAAAUAUAGCCAGUAAAACCAAGUAAGAUUCACUUGAUUUUUCUCGAAGGUAUGACAGCAAGCACCCUGAACUAAAGUAUUGACGGCCGACUCCUUGUUGUUAUUGGGCAACUGAUCAUCGCGAAACAGCAAGUCCGCCUCCAGUGAGUUGCUCAAAAAUUUCUGCGGAGAGGAGUUGAGGUGUCUGAUUGAAUGGGACUUUGUGUUAGCAACGGAAUCAAGGGUUCUAAUCGUAGCACAGAAUUGAAUUCAAGAAAUGUCGGAAGAGAUGGGAAGAAUCUUGGUUUUGAUUUUGAGAUAUUGCAGUCACCAAAUUUAAGGAACUUUAGCUUUAGUGAACUGAAGACCGCCACUUCAAACUUCGAAUCAACAAAUGUAAGGAGUAGAUAUGGUUCUGGGUUAGUUUUCAAAGGGUGGAUUGAUGGCAUGGACAUUGCUGUGAAGAGGCUUAACCAUGAAAGCUUCCUUGGUCAGCAGGAUUCGUUGGCAGAGAUCAACUAUCUUGAAAAAUUGCAGCAUCCCAAUCUUGUUAAGUUGAUUGGUUACUGCUUUGAGGAUGACCUUCGGCUUUUGGUUUGUGAGUUUAUGCCUUGUGGCAGCUUGGAAAAGCAUUUAUUCGAGAUGGGGUCUGCGCCACUUUCUUGGGACAUGCGCAUGAAAGUUGCUCUUGGUGCUGCAAAGGGGCUUGCAUUUCUUCAUAGUGCUAAUGUGAAUCUCAUUCAUGGGGACUUUAAGGCUUCUCAUAUACUGCUUGAUUCAACCGUUUAAAUGCAAAGUGCGAUGUAUACAG